UCCACUUUGCUCAGUGAGUCGGAUUCCGUCGGGGCGGGUCGUCACUACAGUCUAUUAUAACACUAUAUACAUUUGUGUAUAACACAUUUAGUGUAGAGUAGGGCGACCCGAUUAUUAACCCGACUAACGUACUUAAUUAAAUAUUCACAAUGCUUCACCUGAAGAAUAUCGCCAAGUCGGUGGUUCCACCACUAAAAAACAGCAUCCAAAAUGAGGCUGCGAGUAACAUGCUGAAGCUCGCUCCUGCUGCUGUUAAUGUAUGCUGCCGAACAUACGCAAGCCAUGAAAUCCCAGACAGGCUUAAAGAGAUCCCGACCAGCGCAAACCCCAGGUUCUUUGACAUGGUGGAGUACUUCUUCCACAGAGCCUGCCAAGUUAUCGAAGACAAACUGGUAGAAGACAUGAAAUCCAGAGUUACCAUUGAAGAGAAGAAAAAGAAGGUAGCCGGUAUCCUGAACAUGAUGCAGCCCUGUGACCACAUUAUUGAAAUUCAAUUUCCCUUGAGGCGUGACUCCGGCGAUUACGAAAUGAUCCUUGGCUACAGAGCUCAACAUUCCUCCCACAGGACCCCAACCAAAGGAGGUAUCAGAUUCUCAACCGACGUCUCCAGGGAUGAAGUCAAGGCUUUGUCCGCUCUGAUGACAUUCAAGUGCGCGUGCGUCGAUGUGCCAUUCGGUGGUGCUAAGGCCGGAAUCAAGAUCAACCCCAAGGAAUACUCCGAGCACGAACUUGAGAAGAUCACUCGUCGAUUCACUCUGGAGCUCGCCAAGAAGGGCUUCAUUGGGCCCGGUGUUGAUGUGCCAGCCCCCGACAUGGGUACUGGAGAGCGUGAGAUGUCGUGGAUCGCCGACACUUACGCCAAGACUGUUGGUUACCAGGACAUCAACGCCCACGCUUGCGUCACUGGAAAGCCCAUCAACCAGGGAGGUAUCCACGGUAGAGUGUCCGCCACCGGCAGGGGUGUGUUCCACGGUCUCGAGAACUUCAUCAACGAGGCUAACUACAUGAGCAUGAUCGGUACAACCCCCGGCUGGGGUGGCAAGACCUUCAUCGUACAAGGUUUCGGUAAUGUGGGUCUCCACACCUGCCGUUACCUGGUCCGCGCUGGCGCCACCUGCAUCGGAGUCAUCGAACACGACGGAGCCAUCCACAACCCCGACGGUAUUGACCCCAAGGCUCUGGAAGACUACAGGAUCGACAAUGGAACAAUUGUUGGCUUCCCCGGAGCCAAGGCUUACGAGGGUGAGAACAUGCUGUACGAGAAGUGCGACAUCCUCGUCCCCGCCGCCGUCGAACAGGUCAUCCACAAGGAGAAUGCUCACAAGAUCAACGCUAAGAUCAUCGCUGAAGCCGCUAACGGCCCCACAACGCCCGCGGCUGACAAGAUCCUGAUCGACCGCAACAUCCUGGUCAUCCCCGACCUGUACAUCAACGCUGGUGGUGUCACCGUCUCAUUCUUCGAAUGGCUCAAGAACCUCAACCACGUUUCCUACGGACGUCUUACCUUCAAAUAUGAGCGCGAGUCCAACUACCACCUCUUGGAAUCCGUACAAGAGUCGUUGGAGAGGCGUUUCGGCCGCGUCGGAGGUCGCAUUCCAGUCACACCCUCCGAGUCCUUCCAGAAGAGGAUCUCCGGUGCCUCCGAAAAGGACAUCGUGCACUCUGGUCUCGACUACACCAUGGAGAGGUCUGCGAGGGCCAUCAUGAGGACAGCCCAGAAGUUCAACUUGGGCUUAGAUCUGAGGACAGCGGCGUACGCCAACUCCAUCGAGAAGAUCUUCACCACAUACGCCGACGCCGGUCUCGCAUUCUAAACACUCAUUAGAUAAUUCGAAGUAUUGUCUGCAUUUUAUUGACUUCAUUUUAGUCCUUAUGCACAUAAGUGUAACUUUUAAGACAUUAUUAUUCACAGUAUUUUUUUGUUUCUUGGAAUCAUGGCUUUUUUACUUGUAAUGAUAAGCGAAUCAAUGUUCAAUGUGUAAAGUGAAAUUUUGACUAUCCUAUUGUAUCGUCUUGAAUUUUUGAUUAAAAUUGUUUUACUGUUAUUCCGAA